AUGAUAGCUCCACAGCUAAAUCUUGGCUUCUAUGAUAAUGAUACUGGUCUACCGCGAUUUGAUAUUUGUGAAAUGAUAUUACUCUUCUACUUAGUAUAUAUUUUUGUUUGUGCGACACAUUUGACGGAUUCAAAUACCGAUGAGCAUCUUGCACUAAACCCAGAUAUGCCAUUUGCAUUUGGAUUCACCAAUAAAGAUCUCGGUGAUGAUGAUCUUGAUGAAAAUAACACACAGGUGGAGGCUGCAACUAGAAAAGAAUGUGCUUUAGAGACUUUUCAAGUACUUCCUGAGCAUCAACCAAAAGUUUAUUCUCUUGCAGAUAUCCUCAAGACAUUGGAAAAUGUACGACUUACACUUGAUAAUUAUACUACACCAAAUGGCCAUUUAAUCUAUAGAAGGGAGCUUUAUGACGUAAAGCAUCAAAUCAUGAUGGAGGAUAAAGAUGUACUGAAAUUAAGCGAAUUAUUAAUUGACAAAAAUGAUGCUGAUGUGCAAACCAAUGUUUACGAAGGGGGUUUCAAAAGCUGGGAGUGUUCAUAUGAUACAGUUGAUGAGAUACACGAAUCAAUCACUGAUGGCUUAUUCAAUCUGUCAAUUUUGGAACUUGGAUGCGGUACGGCUUUGCCUAGCUGUUAUAUUUUGAAAGAAAAGUUUGAAAAAGACAAUCACCAAGCAAUGAAAAUUGUUUUAUCCGACUUCAACUAUGAGGUGCUCAGAUUGGUCACCAUACCUAAUUUAUUAAUCAAUUGGGCAUCAACUCUUCCGGUUGAAAAGCUUCAUGAGCUAACCACCGAUGAUAUAAAUUGCCGGUUCGAAAACAAUGAGGUGUUUGUGUCAAAGAAGUUAAUCGAGGAGUUUGAAUGCCAGUUGCUGAAAUACAGUGUCCAGCUCAUUCCAAUCUCAGGAUCUUGGGGUAGAGAGUUUAAUAAAAUAGUUCAAGGAUACAACAUUGACUUUAUCAUCAGUUCAGAGACAAUCUAUUCCACCAAAACUUUACCGGUGGUUGCCGAGUCUGUCAAGGAGAUUCUUCAAAACGCAGACACCAAACAGGGACGAGCUCUAAUAGCAGCAAAGAAUAUCUAUUUUGGCGUUGGAGGUUCAGUGAUUGAAUUCUUGACUUAUUUCAACUCCAUCAAAAACUCUCACUUUAAAAUUGAGCUGAAGGAGGUUACAGAUUCACUGUUGAGGAGAUCGCUAAUUAGAAUUGUUUAUAGAAGGGAGACCAAUUGA